AUGAAAUUCCUUUUAUUACUAGCACUAACCUUUUUCGUUAUUUCAACAGAACAAAUUCCAGAGGUCGAUGGAAUAUUGCAAUUAAGUCGUAGAAAUUUCUAAUAAGCCUUGGAUGCACAUCCAAGAUUAUUGGUCAAAUUUUACAUUGACACCUGUGGAUACUGGUAUUGAAUAUCUAUUAAAUCGCAGCUAAAAACUGAAACCAGUGUUCAUUUAAUUGGCUUAGAGAUUAAAGGAGUACGGAUUCGUAUUAGGAGAAGUUAAUGUCUAAGAUAGUAAAUCAUUGGCAACUAAAUAUGGUGCCAAUGCUUAUCCAACAUUGAAGUUGUUCAGGAAUGGACUGGUAAAUGACUUUCCAAAUUCUUCAGACUCUUUAGAAAUAUUAUUUGAAUUUGCUUUGUAACAUGCUUAUGAACCUAUUACAAAACUAUAUAAUGAAGAAGAGGUACCUUUAACAUUUAUAAUUCAAAUAGAUUGAUUUGUUCUUGAAACGAUCAAACAUUGCAGUGCUGAAAUAUGUAUACAAUUAAGAUGACUUAUCAACUUUGAGUUUGGAUCACUUAUAGGUUAAAUUUGGAAUAGUAGAGAAUGCUGCAUUAAGCUAAAACCAUCCUCACAAAUACACAUUGAUAAAUAAGGAUCUAGAGAAGCCAGUUCAUUAUGAUGGCGAAUUAGAUGGCUUAUCAGAAUUCAUCUCAACAAAAGGUUAUCCACUUGUAUUCUCCUUGAAUGAGGAGGAAUUCAUGAAGUCCGAAAAUGAUAAGAUUCCUUUGAUUGGAAUUGCAGGAUAAAGAAAUACAGUGCUUUACAAAAGAUUUAAAUACGUAGCUGAAUCACAUGCUAAUUCAACUAGAUUUGUGAUGAUAGACCCAAGUCUUGAAUUGUGCAAUAGAAGAUUUGAAUAUUUGAUUAAACAAAGCCCUGUUGCUGAAAAGACAAUCUAUUACUAUGAUUACGAGUAAAUAUUUUAAUAGAUAAAUUAGUACAAAGACAACAACUACUACAACUUUUAAUGAUGAUUCAGUUGGAACCCUAAAGAAGGCUAUUGACACUUUAAUAGAAGAGGUAACAGCACCAAAAAGAGAAGCGGAGAGACUAGCAAGAUUAAUAAAGGGUGAUGGUUAAGUACAUAAAUUGACAACACAGAAUUUCAAAGAAUAAGUAUCUGAGAAUAAUAGACAUGUGUUUGUUAAAUUCUAUGCCCCAUGGUGUGGUCAUUGUUAGACUUUAGCACCAACUUUUGAGAAAUUGGCUAAGGAAUUAAAUAGGGAUGAUAUAGUAUUUGCUGAGGUAGAUCACACAGAAAAUCAAUUUGAUGAUAUUCCCAUUGAAGGAUAUCCUACUUUAUAUCUAUUUAAAUAAGAAGGUGACACUAAGACAAGGAAGGAGUAUGAGGGUGAUAGGUCUUUUUAAGGAAUGAAAUCAUUCUUAGAAAGAAAUUUGGGUAAAAUUGAGAGUGCAGAAAAGAAGAAGCUUGAAUUCAGUGAGAUUAAGAAUGAAGGCACAGUUAUUGAAUUAACAAAUGAAAGUUUUGAUCAUGUUGUUUUGAAUAGCAAAUAAGAUGUAUUGGUAAAGUUCUUUGCUCCUUGGUGUGGACAUUGCAAAGCUAUGGCAGAAUCAUAUAAAACACUUGCUUAGAAUUUGAAAGACAAUUAGAAUGUGCUAAUUGCUGAGAUGGAUUGGACUAAUCAUUAGACAAGUGCUGUUGAGAUCAAGGGAUUCCCUACUUUGAUAUUCUUUAAGAAAGGACAAGAUAAACCAGAACAGAUAAAGUAUUAAUCAGAAAGAACAGCUGAAGCAUUGGCUAAGUUUAUAGAAGACAACAGUAGUUUUGUAAAGAAGGAAGAUUUGUGA